AUGGCGCAAAGCCUGUCGAAAGUACGGCAAGAUCGCAAUUACGCGCUGUUGCGUGCCGCAGAGGUCGGCGAUAUAGAGCAGUGCAAGUUGCUUUUUUAUCCUGAUCAUGCGCCUCCUGCGUCAGAAGAUAAUUGGGACGGCUCCGCGGAUGUUUGGUUUGCGGACGAGCUUCUCGGUUGGGACGCAUUGCAUUAUGCGGCGGAUCAAGGACAUGCCGACAUCAUCAAGCUGCUAUUAAAGCACGGUGCUUUGUGGAAUGCUGUGGAUAAGCUGGGGUUUACAGCUGCGGAAGUUGCGUGGUCGAAAAAUGCGACGAAAUGUUACGCACUGCUAUUCGAAGAAGGCGUGCGCAAAUCGUUCCUGACCGACUUGCUUAUGCGCAAAGCGCAAUUGCACGCAUCUGUGCCUAUGAAUGCACAGGACUCGACGCAUCAAGAGGCGCAUUUCGACGGCGCGUCGCUCACGUUGGUCCCAGGGACGCAAAAUGAAGUCGCCGCAGACAAUCCGCAGUUUCUCCAAAGCAAACUCUUUUUUGAGCAAGACGAGCGCGGAGAAUGGCGGUGCAUGGAUGUGGACAAGAAUGUGGUUAUGGCUGAAUGGGAGAGUGACAUCAUGCAGGCGUCGGCGGAAGCGCUGUGCGAAGCUCAGAAGCCAGCAUUUUCCGUACUCAAUGUGGGAUUCGGUCUGGGCAUUAUUGACCAAGCCAUCCAACGGCACAAUCCAGGGAGACAUGUCAUUAUUGAACCACAUCCAGACGUGCUUGCAUUUAUCAAAGCGCAAGGCUGGGAUCUGCUGCCCAACGUGGAGAUCUUACCGGGCAGGUGGGAAGACUAUCUUCUGCCAACGAAGGACAGCGACGGCGAAGAUGUGUACCCGCCGUACAUUGGCGAAUUUGACGCUGUGUAUUUCGAUACCUACUCGCAGGACUACCAAGCCACGAAUCCAUUCUUUUACCAAGUGUUCACACGCGUGAGUGAGCUUGAUUUGCGCGAUAUUGGACUGGUGACAUCGUGGAAGACGCUAUACCCAACGGUGGAGGAAGCGAGUUGGCAAGGCGUGAAGCGCAAGUACUGGAGCCUUGAUCAAUACUACCUUCCCAUUUCGCACAUGCAACACGUAGGAUAA